AUGGACUUGAUGGAUGGCAUGAAAAGGAAAAUGAGAGACCUGCUCCUCCUUCUUUUGUUUGUGAUCGGCAGCUGUUUAGCAGACGAUGAUGAUACUGACGGUUGUGAAAUUAUUUUUGGUCCAGACAUUGGAGAAAUCUUACCACACGGUGAGAAAAAAAGUUUGAUCAACAUGGAUGUCGUGAAGCAGAUUAUAACCCGUCCCAGAGUUCUCCGCUCGGAUCCGGAACUGGAAAUGCUCGUGGAAUUCUUCCGGAAAAAGAGUCCUCUUCUGCAGAACUUGGAUAAAAAUAUUUUGAUGGACAUAGGCAGAAAUUGUACCUACCAUAAAUGUACUAGGGACGAUAUCAUCAUAAAGCAAGGGGAAAAGGGAGAUGCUUUAAAGGAAGAAGACGAAUUUAAUCGCAUGCGCGUUGAUGAAGAUGGGGACAUCCCAGAAGAUGAUUGGGACUCUGUGGAAAUCGAGUUCUGCUUCUACAUAAUUCUUAACGGCACGGUCUCCGUUUACAUCGACCCCAAGAUGACCGGGGAGGAUGAAGGGGGUUACUUCACCCCAGCCCGCCGUAAAACCCCUUCCCCUGCCCCUUCAUCUGUUCCGGCCACACCAGAACCUGGACAUCUUGAUCCAUCCGGUCCAAAGGGCGCGCAUGCGCUAGAGACACUGGCAGAAGAGGAGGAAGAUGACGAAACUGACGAAGCGAAAGAGAAAAAAGUAUUAAGAAAACCAGCACCCAAAAAACUUGCUGUUCUAGAUCGCUCCAAGUUUGGGAAAUUAAUCGUGAAUUACGGACCCGGUAAAUCCUUUGGAGAGGUGGCUCUUGUCAAGAGAGACAGUUUUCGGAACGCCUCUAUUAUUGCAGAUGAGGAUGUAGACCUUUUGGUGAUUGGACAAGACUUAUUUGAUAGAUCCCUAAAGUCUGACCAUGAGAGAGAAUUUGCUGAGAUUAGCGACUUUAUCGAGUCUCAUCCUUUCUUCUGUCACAUGCCAAACAAACUGAAGAAGCUUUUGGAAAUGAGUCUGAGGCGGGAGACAUUUAUCUUUGACACCGUGAUGGUGAAACAGGGGGACCCCGUGAUAGGACUACACUUCAUACUCAAAGGCCAAGCCAAUGUGAUAUUAGAACCCCACAAACAUCAGAAACAGUACUCACAUCUGUGGCCCUUUGAGGCGGGUAUCGAUAUCUACUCAGUGGAAUUUGAGCAUCUCAGGGAAGCAAGAAGACAGGCAAUACUCAGAAAGUAUGAGGAUCCAGCAGUGUGGGAAACGAAAUCCGAGGAACUUGUCAUAAGACGGACUGAGGGGUACGCUGCCGUUGAAAAACGGAUGAAGGAACGCCACGUAGAUCUGUGCUCAAUUCAAGACCGCGAGGUGAUCGGGGACAUCGAACUUCUGAAUAAUUUGAGUACCUAUAUGCACACAGUUAAGUGUAUUGCAAAUACUGAGGUAUUUAUAUUAGACACGAAAAACUACGAAAGAAUUGUUGGGAAGAAAAACACUGCUACCAUCGAUAUUAUGCGUGAACAUGUGAAAGCAAAACUGGAAACGAGAAUGAACAUGAAACAAGGACAUUUAGUACCCUUCUUGCAAUUUUUGCAUUUUAAAAUGACGGAGGAAUCUUUACCUCAGUCAAAACCUUUACCUCCAUUAAAAACCUCCAAAACGCUUCCAGACAGGGACACCAUGCUUCAACAGCUACUGCAGUGGUUCAAAGACGGAAAAUCCACAAUCGUGGAACCGUAUACCCCUGGUGCAGUGUUUUAUAAGCAACUCAUGAAAGAAAAGGCAGCAGCCAGAAAAGACCAUCCUCCACCUGUAAAAACAAGCGUUGCUCUUACUCUUCGAGCAAAUCGACGAAACCAGCCGCCAAGGAAACCAAGAAGUUUGAUGGAAAUAAGGGAAUCCCUGCGGCAGAUGAUGGAGGCGGAAGUAAUAGAAUUCGAAAAUGAAAGUGCUAAAAAGCAGAUCGGAUCCCGACGAAAACCGAAGGAAAAGAGAGGAAAGGGUCGAAGGAGACAUCCAUCACAAACGCAAUCAAAUUUUGAAGGCAGCAGGAGUAAAGCAGCCUCGCUUCAGUCACUAGCCUCGCUUCCAAAUUAUCUAGGAGAGAAAGAGAACGACGAAACUGAUAACUCACUUCUCACAAUACUUGCAAAUCACAAUAAACCGACAAAUGAAAACGAAAAUAAGCCAAAGAGUAGGAGGGGUUCUUUAGAGGAGCAGAAAACUGUGAAACCAGUUUUAAUUACGGAGGUAAAUCGUAAAGACCAGCGUGUUGAACUACCAAAUAUAAAAGAGGAGAGAACACAAGAGGAAAUUAUUCUAAAGAAACAAAAUUUAGGAAAUAAUACCAAAGAAGAUUUCAUAUUAGAAACUCAGAAAUCUGAUGUGGCAGCUCGGACACAAUUUCAGGUCUCAAAUGCAGCUAAAUCAAAGGAACUUCAAGUUCCAAACUUAGAAAAUGUCCCUACUUUGAUCGGACAAGAAAGUGAUAAAGAGAAGGCUUUACCAAAUAUUGAUGGGGCAGACACAUCAUCCACGGACAAGAAAAGAAAUGAAAACUCUAAAUGGGCAACAGCAAUGAAAUUCGUUAACGAGAAUAUCCAUCGGCGACUUAUGGCGAACAAGGACCCAGAGCACGACACACUUCCACAUUACGACGACUACGAGUCUAAUGAUAAAAAUCUGUCCUUCCUAGAGAACAGACUAAUGGCUUUCCACGUGAAAUAUGGCGGGAAGUCAAAGAUACACAUGAAAUUACCGAAACUUGCGCGAUAUACAGUUGACGAAAAUGAUACCAAAGCUCCAAAACCUGGUGGAAAAGUAUGGAUAAGACGACGCAUGUGCAGAUUUGCAGACAACAAGAUCCAGGUCAAAGAUCAUAAACAUGUCCGCCAUCAUAUUGUUGAUGACAUUCCAGAUUUUGAUAACGUACAAAAACAAAAACGUGUUAUGCAAGCUUUUCUGUGAUAAAAAAUUUUUUUAUAAGAAAUUUAAUAAAUCAUCUC